CACAGUCCGGACUUGUCCAGGGUGGGUUCUUCCUGGCACGCUCUCCUGUCCUGGCAAUUCACCGACCCACUGUGCGCAAAGGAAGAGCCAGGCCUCGAGCUCUGAGCAUCAUGGUCUACCUGCUGACCUCCGAAGUCCAGCAGCUGCUGCACAACAAGUUCGUGGUCAUCAUGGGGGACUCGGUCCAGAGAGCUGUGUACAAGGACCUGGUACUCCUGCUGCAGAAGGACUGCCUGCUCACUCCCAGCCAGCUCAGGGCCAAGGGAGAGAUGAGCUUCGAGCAAGACAAGCUGGUGACUGGGGGUCAGUUGGGCCUCAUGCAUAAUGGCACCAACUACCGCGAAGUCCGCCAGUUCCACUCCGACCAUCACCUGGUGCGCUACUACUUCCUCACACGCGUGUAUUCCGACUACCUCGAGUCCGUCCUUCAAGACCUGCAGUCGGGGGAGCACACCCCCGACGUGGUCGUCAUGAACUCGUGCCUCUGGGACCUCAACCGCUACGGGCCCAACGCCUUGGAGAGCUACCAGCAGAAUCUGGGGGCCCUGUUCAGCCACCUGCGCCAGGCGCUGCCCGCGUCGUGCCUCCUGGUGUGGAACACGGCCAUGCCUGUCGGCAAGAAAAUAAAGGGGAGCUUCCUGACCAACCACCAGCCAUGUAACGAGUCCCAGAAAGCCAAAGUGAUGGAAGCCAACUUCUACAGCUCUGUUGAGGCGGAUAAACACCUCUUGGACGUGCUGGAUUUGCACUUUCACUUCCGCCAUGCGGAGCAGCAUAGGCAGACAGACGGGGUGCACUGGGACGAGCGCGCCCACCGACACCUCUCCCAGCUGCUGCUGGCCCACGUGGCUGACGCCUGGGGCGUGGACCUGCCUCACCGUGACAGGGUGGGCAAGUGCAUCAAGAAUGGCCCUGCAAGGGAGACGCCUAAACAGUGGGUGGAGAGGCAGUUGGCGGCCGGCAGCCAGGAUGUGGCCACACGUCCGCUCCUACCCUUGCCUCCUCCUGCAGGGCCCGGGCUCAGGCCCCUACUACCGCUCCCAACCCCACCUUCCUGCCUACUGCCGCUCAGUCUCCUGUCCUCACAGCCUCGUGCUGGCCUCUUCCCCCAGCAGACGCCCCAGUUUCAGCCCUAUCCGCAAGGUGCCUUUUUCUCAGACUAUUUUCAUUCAGAUGUCCCCUUGUCUUCCCAGACUGAACUUGACUUUGUGUUUGAUCCCCAGCCCCCUCUGCUGCCCUUACCCACACCCUGUUAUCAGCAAUGGGACCCUGUAGUUCAUAGGGGUUUUCAUGGGUUUCCUCCUCGGGGCCCUUAUGCACCCUGGAGACGGAGGCCCAGACCUUUCAAGAGAAGGGCCCCAGACCACUCAGAGCCAAGGCCUCAAUAAGGUGGACUUCAACCUUUUCCUCCACCUGCCC